CAUCGGUCACCACGGUAUGAGCUCUAGUUUAGGCUCCUAAAAAUUGGAAAAGGGAUAACUGAGUUUAUUCCAUUGAGAAAAUUCAAAAUACCUAAAUAUUUACUGGCGUUUCUUGUGUCAAAUAAAAUUCGUAAAAUUCGUUGCAAAAUGGCGCGUGCAGCUCUUUGCAUGGCCGUCGCUUGCAUCUUGAUGCAAUGCGUCUACUCUGCAAAGUUCGAUGAACAGAAUCGUCGUCUUAUUCUCGAUAUUGACGACCAAAAGACAACGAACCGUCAAUACUAUUCGUCAAACAUUGACACAAAUGCCUAUCGAUAUGGCUACGAUGUCGGCAAGACCGGCAACUUCCAUCACGAGACCCGUGGUCCCGAUGGGGUUACCUACGGCUGCUACGGCCUGAUCGAUCCCUAUCACCUGCUCCGGGCAACACACUAUGUGGCCGAUGCCCAUGGUUACCGCACUGUGGAGCCGGAGAAGCCGGUGGAGACCUUCCCACCUCAUCUGUUCAACGAGACCGACGGCAAACCCUCGCUGCCGGGCAUCCUGCUGCAGUGGGAGGAACUGUACUUCCCAAUUGGAUGUGGAAAGUUUGCGAAUGGCGCCCAACACGGGGUCCCAUUCUUCCUCGAAGACUUCAAAAACAAGGCCGGUAGCAACGAUGCGAUACCAUCGUUCUCGGCCAACACAAUUGUGAUCAAGGGCUCCGACCAGAAGAGUCUGCCCAUCCACAAGCCCACCGGUCCGCUGGUGCCCCAGGGUACGGGGAUCUUUGGCACGGACAAGGGUCAUUCGGAUCUCAGCCAUCCCGGCGAUCAGGCGCCGUCCUUCCAUUCGGUGAACACCCUGCUACCGGGCAGCAAUAAUGAUGGCCAGUACGUGCCUGAUAGUAAUCCCUAUGUGCAUGUGAUUGGACCCAAUGGAGGAAAUGGAGGCAAUGGAGGCAGCGGCUCUGGCGGCGGUUUCGGUGGAAAUGGAGGAUUUGGAGGCGCUGGCGGUUUCGGACCCAACGGGCCAGGCGGUCCCAACGGGCCAGGUGGUCCCAAUGGACCCAAUGGACCCAAGGGACCAAAUGGACCGAACGGACCUCCGGGACCACCCGGCGGUUUGGGUCCGGUCGGCGCGGGAGGAGGAGCCUCAGGAAAACCGGUCUAUCAGGAUGGCGAUCGCACUGGCACAGGCAGCGGUUCCGGAAUUGGUUCCGGUGAUCGUUACACAACCGGUGAUCGUUAUACAACCGGAAACGGUGGCGGUGUCGGUUCCGGCGAUCGUUACUCAACCGGAAACGGUGGCGGCGUCGGUUCCGGCGAUCGCUACUCAACCGGAAACGGUGGCGGUGUCGGUUCCGGCGAUCGUUACUCAACCGGAAACGGUGGCGGUGUCGGUUCCGGUGAUCGUUACACCACCGGAAACGGUGGCGGUGUCGGUUCCGGUGAUCGUUACACCACCGGAAACGGUGGUGGUGUCGGUUCCGGUGAUCGUUACACCACCGGAAAUGGUGGUCGCUAUACCACCGGAAACGGUGGCGGCGUCGGUGGCGAUCGCACCGGAACCGGAAGCGGUUUCGGAAUCAGUGCCGGUCAGUAUCGUCCGGAUAACGAGGGAACCUACACAAGCACCUACACGCAGACAGAGACCGGUUUUCCUGGGGCCAUUCCAUAUCAUCCAGAUAACGGUAAAUAUAACGACAACAGCGGACGCUAUAACGGUAUUAACGAUGGUCGGUAUUAUCACGAUGAUUCGGGCAAAUAUGUUCACGUUGAAGGCCCCACUGGACCACCGGCACCCCCAUAUGUCCAUAUUGUUGGACCCGAAGGCGGAUACGGCGGCAAUGGCGGCAACGGCGGCAAAGGAGACGGCGGCGGCGUAGGCCCCGGCGGCCCAGGCGGACCUAAGGGACCUGGCGGCCCCAAGGGACCCAAUGGACCUAACGGACCUCCCGGUCCUCCCGGCCCACCCGGACCACCUGGACCUCCCGGACCCAAGGGACCUACUAAGCCCGGACCUUUCGGACCUCCGGGACCACCCGGCCCACCUGGACCAACCCGUCCUGGACCUUAUGGACCUCCCGGCCCACCCGGCCCCACUCGUCCCGGACCCCCCGGCCCACCCGGUCCCACUCGUCCCGGACCUCCCGGACCACCCGGCCCCACUCGUCCCGGCCCACCAGGACCUUCUCCCAACGAUCCCCGUUACUCGGACAAGGAAACGCCCGGCUACCUGCCACCUCAGCAACCGGGUAAAAUCUCCAAACCACCUCCAUCCUACUCACAAGUCAUUGAAAUUGAACCACCAAAAUCAGUUUUUAAGCCGAAUUACGAACAAAACAAUGAUUAUGUUAUUAAGAAAGUAACCGUAACGACAAAGCCACCACUAACCUAUAUUCCACCUUCUUUCCCAAUCACUCCGAAACCCUAUGCUCCCGUUCCCGCUCCUGUUCCUCAACCUCAACCACAACCGCCAUCCCAAAAAAUAACGACGACGAUCGUACAGCCAAAGCCAAAGGUCCCGGCUAUCAUUAUUGAGAAGGAUAAGCCACAUAAGAGCGUUACGACACCGCCAGUGACAACGGGUAAUAUUGAAAACCACACUUACCUACCACCACCACCACCGACUCCGAAAUACGUGACCCCGACUCCGACUCCAAAACAGACUCCCAUUCCGAUUCGUUAUGAACCCUCGACACCAAGACCUUUCGAAAAGGUGGUGAUUACCUCACCGCCACAAAUCCAAUACCAUACGCCACAGGUCCCCGCCGUGGUUAUUCCCAAACAACCCGUGACUGUUCCGUACAAACCCGUGACACGACCUCCACCCGCUUACGUUGAACCCAAAGUAACGCCACGUCCCUCUCCCCCAUUGCAUGUGCCAUCGAUAUCGAUCAGCGAUCAGUCCUGUGUUUGUAACGCCGAUAAGACGCACUCAUCGAAAAGCACCCUUACCUCAACCACAAGCACCACCACCACCACGAACUCCUAUCCCAAUCCCGCCUCCGUUGACUUUAACAAACAAUUUUCCGGCUUCAAUGGACAAGCAAACUUCGGCAGCAUAAUAAACGCCAUGUCACUGACCCAAUUGCCGGUGAUACCUCAGGCCCCUGGCCAGCCGGCCUUCUAUCCGCCAGAUAAGAUCCCCAAGGGAGCUAUUAUCGCACUAAUGCCCGUGGUGAUCCUGCCGCAGGAGUACUAUUCCAAUUGUGAUGAGAAUUCGAUAAACCAACACUCGAACAUCGAUCCCUUCCCACUGGGCGUUCAACCAGGUACAUCCUUUAGCCUUCAUUCGGUGCUGACGGGUUCGGCGCCCAAGGAUCAAUGCAUGUGCCCAUGCUCAUGCACCCAGAAUCUGCCGGGAAGAUUACACAAGAAACGUGAAGCCAGCGAUGCUGAGGCUCCAGUGGAGGUUAAGCCCGAAGCUGCUGCUGCCUCCGAGGUGGUGAAAACCCUGGUCGAUCCCAUUCCAGCCGCCUCGGAAGAGGUCAAGGUUAAGGUCGAACCUGUGGCCGCAGCCCCCGAGGUGGAACCCAAGCCCGCAGCCUCCGAAGAGGUCAAAGUACAGGCCGAACCCUUUCCAGCAGCCUCCGAAGAGGCCAAGGUAAAGGUGGAAGCCGUUCCAGCAGCCUCUGAAGAGAUCAAAUCAAAGGUUGAACCCGUUCCAGCAGCCUCCGAAGAGGUGAAAGUAAAGGUUGAACCCCAAGCAGAGAAAAUCCUGGCUGACCCAAAACCAGAAAUCAAGGCGACUAGCGAAACGAACUAAGACAAGGACAUGAGAGAAGACAACCCCAAAAUUCCCCAACCCAGAUCCCCGCUUAAUCCCAUCCUAACCUCAAUCCUUCCUCUCCCAAGAACCAGAGAAAAAAAAACCUAACCUAGUCUAAGUGUUUUUAGUGUCUGCCAGGCAGGGCCAAUCAGCAUUUAAGAAGGGUAAAUCGAAUGGAGAGCCCAGCUAAUGUGUUCGCUUUCUUGUGUUAUCUAUAUGUAAUUCGAAUUCGAUAAUAUUGUUUUCCCACACUUUUGAUAAAUGCACUCCAGACCGCCUGUCCACGACGAGUUUCGGAGCUCUCUGAUGUAACAUCUCCUUAAAACACUAUUUGUAAUCUAAAAUACUUCCUCUAAGAGAGAGCACUGAGAAUUGGCAAGAGAUGAAAAGAAAAGCGAAAAUUGUUUUGUGACAUGUUGUUUAUUAUGCAUUUGUGUAUGCUUUUUAUUUUUUUAUGAUUUUGUUCAGUUUUAUUUCUUUAUGAUUUUAUAUCAACUUUAGUUCUUAGUUUAUUUAAUGUCUACUCUAAUAAUGAUUGAGACGGAAUAAUGAAUUGUUAUGUCAAAAGAGAAAUAUUGAAAUUAAAUAAAAAUUAAGAAAAAAUG